CAGAGGCACACCGGGGCUACAAGUGCCACGGCGGUGAUCGGUGAUCGGGGACUUUCCCGAGGAGCCCUGCAGGGACUCGCGCGUGGUGCUUCAGACACACUGGGUAGGCAAGGAAACCUGUCUCCUCCUUGAGGGCUCCUGUCACAGGAAUGUGUGAGUCCUUGGAUAAAUUUGGCUUGGUGACGGCGAUGCUUUCUUCAGAGACACUGCCACCUCCUCCGUGCUCCUUCUCUACCCUGACCUACGGUUCCUAGUGUUGCUUCCUGCGAUAAGUCGGAGGCUUUGCCCUUUUCCCGCUUUCCUGACGCUAGGUAUCCUUUCCUUUCCUUUGCCCUUUUAUAGGAGGACCUAGGGCCGAAGUGUCAACAGCCGUGUCUACAGAGGCCAUGGGGGCCUCCGAAGCAGCACUGCUGGCGGUGCAGCCUUAGCUCCUGCUGGAUGCUUUUCUAACUGGGCUGCUAUUGGCAACAUUUCUGGAAGCCGCUGGGGGAUGUGUGACUAGAUGGAGCUCCACUACAUUGCAAAGAAGAGCAGCCAGGUAGGCCUGUGCGAUGCUGUGGACUGGAGUCCCAGGGGGCCUCCCGCGGACCAGGCAGAUGCAGCGGCCACCAAAGCUUCUCUCUGCUGCCAGAGACACUGCACAUGGGCACCAAGAGCAGCCGAGAUGGAAGGGUCUAAAUGUAACCCUUUUCUAACAUCCCCCUCCUCCUCUCUGCAAGACAGUGAUAUUCAGCCAGACUCCUUCCCACCAGGACCUCUCAACUCAGGGAACCUCCAAAUAACAGCAGAACGGCAGGUCUGCAAUUGCUGCAGCCAGGAAUUAGAAACUUCUUUUACCUAUGUGGACGAGAAUGUUAACUUGGAGCAGAGGAACCGGAGCUCCCCUUCCUCAAAAGGGAGUAAUAAUCACCUGGGAGACCUUGACUGGGGAAAUCCAGAUGACUUGUCCCACGAGGCUGCCAUAUCCUUGAUAUCUGAAGAUGAAGAUGAUACAAGUUCGGAAGCCACAUCUGCAGGGAAGUCCGUGGACUAUGGUUUCAUCAGCGCCAUCUUGUUCUUGGUCACUGGCAUCUUGCUGGUGAUCAUCUCUUACCUUGUCCCACGGGAAGUGACUGUGGAUCCCAACACCGUGGCGGCCAGGGAGAUGGAACGCCUGGAGAAGGAGAGCGCAAGGCUGGGGGCGCACCUGGACAGAUGCGUGAUUGCCGGACUCUGCCUGCUUACGCUUGGGGGCGUCGUUCUGUCCUGUUUGCUAAUGAUGUCCAUGUGGAAGGGAGAGCUGUAUCGUCGCAACAGGUUUGCCUCUUCCAAAGAGUCUGCAAAACUCUACGGCUCUUUCAACUUCAGGAUGAAAACCAGCGCUAAUGAAAACACCCUGGAACUGUCCUUGGUAGAGGAAGAUGCUCUCGCAGUACAGAGUUAAUCCUGGUUGGGAGCUUCCUGAGAGUGUCUGCCUUGGCAUUUUAUAUGAAAAAACGAACAGACAAAAACAAACCAUAUUUCUUAAAAUUAACAGUGCAGUGUGUUUGCCUGACAAGAAAAGUUUAUUUCCCAAACCAACAGCCUAUGAGUGUUUUUGUUCGCCCUGUUUUUUUAUUAUUGUUAAUCAGAAGAAAAAUCAUGUAAGACGCAUUAAGAAACCACACAGCCAGCUACACAAGUCCUUUUAAAGGGCUGAGACUAAUUAAUCUGUAAUGGCCAUCAGCUUCUGCUUCUAUAGCAAAAUAUUUCUAACAAGCCAGUGUACAAAUGAUUUCUUUUCCAAGACAUGGGAUAUUAUUUUUUGGACACCAGGAGUCUCAUACACAGUCAGAUCAAUUAUAGUAAUCUAUUUUGUGAAAAAGAACCUAAGCGCUAAUCAGGUAAUAAGGCUUAUAUUCAAUUCUCAAAGGUUUUUAUUCAUCGUCUUGCUAAAUUUUUUCUUCUUAUAAUUUGUCAAAACACUAAAAUAUAGGGUUUUGAAUUUCAAUAUUUUGAAACUUGGGGACAUUGGUUAUUUUUUUAAAACUAUAAAAUUACAUAUGUUAUAUUUAAAAUUAUUCCUGUACUCAGAAGUGCUAACUACGUCAUUAGAAUAAACUUUCUAGUAAAAGAAAAUUAUAUAAGUCAUUGUAAGACCAAUCUGAAUUUAACCCUAGAGGUAGUAGCAGAGAUUAGCGAGUGUUGCAUGCCCCUUUUCUAGAUGAAGUAAAAUUAGUGGCGGAUAUAAAUUUCAUUUUCUGUCUGUGGUUUAGCCAUCAUACUGGUUACCCAUGCUCUUGAAGUUUUUCCUCAUUCUCACACCAGGGAGGCAAAGUGUAAGACAUUUUUAAAGUAUUUCCAGACAUCCAAACAUCUAGGCAGGCCUGAGUCAUGAUUGGUUCAGGCAUCCUCCCAGGUGACAUUCUGUUGUUAUUCAGAGAAAACUUCCAAUACAAUUACAGCUAGACUUGGGGACUGACUGUGCCUAGAAGUCAGUAUCACUUGCUAUAGGCCAAGUAACAAGAUAUUGCCCCAGGAUGGCAGCAGUCCUUAA